UUAACGACCCACGAUAAAGGACAUAAUUGACCCGUUGCCGGCGCAGCUUAUCACAAGAGGGUUUGGGUGCGGUUUACACAUCGCUCCAGCCGCGCCUUUUCCUGUCACAACGGAACGGCGGUGCGUGAGGACGGCGGGUCAGCUGACAGCCAUCAGAGGGACCGGCGAAGGAGGAGCGGAAUUAGCGGGUGUGUGAACGGGGGACCUGCUGGAUCUUGACAAACGAUAUAUAUCCGAGGCCAGCCGCGGUGCGUUACACGGGUGGCGUUCGCGAGAGAACUAGGGCGGGGUUUGGUUUCACCAUGGCCUGUUGGGACUGAGAAGCAGCCACAAUGAUCGGAGGAUUGUUCAUCUACAACCACAAGGGGGAGGUCCUCAUCUCCAGGGUCUACCGAGAUGACAUUGGGCGCAACGCGGUGGACGCGUUCCGCGUCAACGUAAUUCACGCCCGGCAGCAGGUUCGAUCCCCGGUGACUAACAUCGCCCGAACCAGCUUCUUCCAUGUCAAGCGCUCCAACAUCUGGUUGGCGGCGGUCACCAAGCAGAAUGUCAACGCCGCCAUGGUGUUCGAGUUCCUCUACAAGAUGUGCGACGUGAUGACUGCCUACUUUGGCAAGAUCAGCGAGGAGAACAUCAAGAACAACUUUGUACUCAUCUAUGAGCUGCUGGAUGAGAUUCUGGACUUUGGAUACCCCCAGAACUCAGAGACUGGAGCUCUGAAGACCUUCAUCACCCAGCAGGGCAUUAAGGGACAGCACCAGACGAAGGAAGAGCAGUCUCAGAUCACCAGUCAGGUGACAGGGCAGAUUGGCUGGCGCCGCGAGGGCAUCAAGUAUCGCAGGAAUGAACUUUUCCUGGACGUACUGGAGAGCGUCAACCUGCUCAUGUCCCCACAAGGCCAGGUCCUCAGCGCCCACGUGUCGGGCCGCGUGGUGAUGAAGAGCUACCUGAGUGGGAUGCCUGAGUGCAAGUUUGGCAUGAACGACAAGAUUGUUAUCGACAAGCAGGGGAAGGGCGGAGCCUCUGACGACGCAGGGAAGAGUGAUUUAGGGGGAGGAAGUGGCAAGCAGUCCAUAGCCAUCGAUGACUGCACGUUCCACCAGUGUGUGCGUCUCAGUAAGUUUGACUCGGAGCGUAGCAUCAGCUUCAUCCCACCUGAUGGAGAGUAUGAACUCAUGAGGUACCGCACUACUAAAGACAUCAUCCUGCCGUUUCGAGUCAUUCCUCUGGUCAGGGAGGUGGGGCGCACCAAACUGGAAGUUAAGGUGGUCAUCAAGUCCAACUUCAAACCUUCGCUGCUGGCCCAGAAGAUCGAGGUUCGUAUCCCAACGCCCCUCAACACAAGUGGGGUGCAGGUGAUUUGCAUGAAGGGAAAAGCAAAGUACAAGGCCAGUGAGAACGCCAUAGUGUGGAAGAUCAAACGCAUGGCUGGGAUGAAGGAGUCUCAGAUCAGUGCUGAAAUUGAGCUGCUGCCGACCAACGAUAAGAAGAAAUGGGCCAGGCCUCCCAUCUCUAUGAACUUUGAGGUUCCUUUUGCGCCCUCUGGUCUUAAGGUGCGCUACUUGAAGGUGUUUGAGUCUAAACUCAACUACAGUGACCAUGAUGUCAUCAAAUGGGUGCGGUACAUUGGCCGCUCCGGAAUCUACGAAACCCGCUGCUAAAGUUCAACCCGCUCUGAGCAGCGACGUGACCACUUUCCUCUGAAGAUUUUUUGUUUUUCUACCCGCUCCUACUUUAUCUCUGUUCCCUCAAUUCUUAUAGCUUCUCUCAUAUACACCCCACCUCCACCUGUCCCUAAGUGUUGGAGAUUGAAUUACAUUGUUAAACAAAAAAAAGUAAAUAUGAUGCACAGAUAUAUGCAAAAUGUGACCCAUUGUAUUGUGUAUAUCUUAGUGAUGCGUAAACCUGUGAACCAACUGGUGUCUGAAAGAUGAGUGAGGACCAGGGGGAGGGGACUGGGGACACCUUUUGGUGUCUUUUAGGGUGUGCGCUUGUGUUAUGAGUGUUCUUCCACGAUCUACUCUCCAGUUACUUUAGAAGUCCCACAAGUUCUAGAGGUAAUCCCUUGUAAGAUGAUUUGUAGCUGUUGUGGUUUAAAUGAAUCCUGAUAUUGUUCUUGUAAAUGAAUUCCGUCUGAGUAGUCUCGCCCUUUCAACUGGAGCUGCGUCGCCUGACUCCGUGCUGUGGACUUGAGUCUCUUCUGGGUAGGUGGCAGUGAAUUGAAAGUGACUGAGCUGUUUUUGUACUUUCUGGAGUAUUGUUUUGUCCCCCCCCACUAGUUUCAGCAGCACCCAGCGAGUAAAGUAAAGCCGCCCAGAACAUUUCAGUUUUGAGGUGUGCGCAUCUUCCCGACCCAAAUGUCCUGUUUCUUAAGCACAGAGAUCCACUUGGUUGCGCAGUUUUGAUUGAAAGAGGCUUUGUGGGCAUUUGUUUGCAGUGAGGUGGUCUCCCCCUGGUGUUUGCCUCAUCAGUCUGCUUCAUGUUUGUGUCCCUGGUGACGUUCUGUUCAAUAAAAUCUGACUAUGUAACCAA